AACGGGUUGGGCCAGCUGGGUUUUCACGUCAAGUACGACGGCACGGUGGCCGAGGUGGAAGAUUACGGUUUCGCCUGGCAAGCCGGCUUACGCCAAGGUAGCCGCUUGGUGGAGAUCUGCAAAGUGGCCGUGGUGACGCUGAGCCACGAGCAGAUGAUCGACCUCCUGCGGACUUCGGUCACGGUUAAGGUCGUCAUCAUCCCGCCCCACGAGGACGGAGCCCCUCGGAGGGGCUGGGCUGAGUCCUUGGAGAUGAGCAGCGCGGAGCCGAAGGGAGAGUCGGAGAAUUUACCAUCCGGCUACCGCCCGCCGUACCGGAGCAACGCCGGCUGGCAGUGGAGCGGACCGGCUUCGCACAACACGACGCCGGCGGCGAAAUGGACCGAGCCGCUGCCCCUCGGCCACGGCCAGGCCAUCGGUCGGUCGGCCAAGCAACCCGCCGUGCCGUACCGGGAACCGCAGCCCCUGCACGGCAAGAGGCCGGUCAGCUUUCCCGAAACUCCCCAUCCCACCUCCUCCUCGCCGGCGGGAGCGGAGAGGACGCAACCGUACCGGCAACCGUCGGGCAGCUUCUCCGCGCCGGGCAGCGCCGGCACAGCCUACGCUCGCUAUAAACCCUCUCCGGAGAGGUACGUCGCCUCGCAACGACCGCCGUUGCCCUUCGAGCCUCACGCCGGCCACGACGGCCCCUCCAGCGGCGACUCCUCAUCCGGGGGGCUCAGUAGCCACGAGAGCACCAUGGAACGGCACAAACCGGAGCCGUUGUGGCACGUGCCGGCGCAAUCCAGGUUGCCAGGGAGCGGCGGAGGCAAGCGAUCCGGCAGACAGGAACCGACGGGCAAAGAUUCUCCCAACCGGCACUCCAAGAGCGACGCGCAGUACUCGAGCCACUCCAGCAGCAACACGCUCUCCAGCAACGCUUCCAGCAACCACAGCGACGAACGUUGGUUCGACGUUCCCGAUCCCGUCGAAACCGAACCCGAUCCCUUCUCCAAAGGCGGUUCCAGCGACAGCGGCAUCGAUACCGCGCUCUACCCCUGCAGCACCGCCGGUGCCGGUGCCGGCAGCGCCGGCGGGAUCGGUCCCAAACCCCCCCGGCCAACAUCUCAGAGGGACAAGGUUCCCAAAACCCCGUCGGCGUCCUACGCCGCUUCGCAAGAUGACGGCGUCCGUUCCGGCGACAAGAAGAGGGAACCGUCCCCCACCCACGGCGCCGGCAGCCACGGGAAAAGCUACCGGCACAAAACGGGGACCCCCGCGACCUCGGGGACCCCCGGCAGCAGCCCCGACCCCUUCAAACAGCCCAGCUCGAGCUCGCGGCUGGCUUAUCCCGGCUACAAAACCCCCUCGACCGAACCCCCCCGGCCCCCCGCCGCUUCCCAGCUUUCCGCUUCCGUCCCCAAAUCCUUCUUCUCCAAGCAGACGGUCAGGAACAAACACGCCGCGGGCUGGAAACGCGCCGACGAAGCCCCGGACCCCAAAAAGCAGGUGGACGCCAACACCAAGAACGUUUUCGGGCAGCCGCGGCUGCGGGCCUCGCUGCGGGACCUGCGCUCCCCCCGCAAGAGCUACAAGUCCACCAUCGAGGACGACCUCAAGAAGCUCAUCAUCAUGGACAGCGCCGCGCCGGAACCGGAACGAGCCGGGUCCCCGCAGAAAGGGCUCCAGCGGACUCUGUCGGAUGAAAGCCUUUGCGGCGGGCGGCGGGACGCCGGUUACGCCGUCGGCGCGACGGCGGCGUUAGACACCGACGUCCUUUUUACCAGCGCCUACCCUUCCAGCACCCUGCCCAACCGCCGGCAGCACCCCCCCGCCGCCAACGGCAGCCUCCCCGAGAAGAAAUCCACCAUCUCCGCCUCCGAACUGUCCCUGGCCGAGGCGCGGGACAAACCCCCCCAGCGCCGAAUCGAUCCCGGCAUGAUGCCGUUGCCGGAUACGGCGGCCGGGUUGGAGUGGUCCAGCCUGGUGAACGCCGCCAAAGCCUACGAAGUGCAGAGAGCCGUCUCCCUCUUCUCCCUCACCGACUCGGCGCUGAGCCCCGACCCCCCCGCGGUCCUGUCACCCCUUUGGCUACGGGGGGAGACGGGGACACACAACACUUUGGGGUCCCUAGGGGCCCCCCCCAAACGCUGUCCGUCUGUCCCCCGCAGCCAAGCCCCCCCCCUGGACCUGCCGGGGAAGGUGUCCCAGCUGGAAGCCAUGUUGAAACAGCUCCACAGCGACCUGCAGAAGGAGAAGCAGGACAAGGUGGUGCUGCAGGCGGAGGUGGCCAACCUGCGGCAGAACAACCGCCGGCUGCAGGAGGAAUCGCACUCGGCCGCCCGGCAGCUCCGCCGCUUCGCCCGCAUCUUCUCCGGCGCCGUCGAGAAGGAGGAGCUGUGA